UACAGAGUGCCGGGAAAGAGGAAAAGGUACGGGCGAAUCUGCUGAAGCAGUUUUUACAGCCCACAGAUAGGCGAGUAAGUCAGCUGAUGUUCCCUGCGCCGCAGCUCCUUGACAGCUCCGAGUGUGCAGCCCGCGCGGGGCUUCGGAACCGGAAGAAAUCCUGCCAAAGAAGAUGAAGAAAAGCAUAGAAAGAUUCUGCAACAGAGAGAGGGAAUUUGUGUAUAAAUUCAAAGUAGGAAGUCAGUGCUUAGAACUGAAGGUGCCUCUCAAAUUUCCUGUUCAAGAAAAUGCCAGUCAUUUACACGGGCGUCUGAUGCUGCUGCACAGUUUACCAUGCUUUAUAGAAAAAGACUUAAAAGAAGCUCUGAGCCAGUUUAUAGAAGAAGAAUCUCUAAGAGAUUAUGACAGAGACGCCGAGGCAUCCCUGGAAGCUGUGAAAUCGGGUGAAGUAGAUUUACAUCAGCUGGCCAGUUCAUGGGCCAAAGCUUAUGCUGAGACCACCUUAGAGCAUGCAAGGCCUGAAGAGCCCAGCUGGGAUGAAGAUUUUGCAGAUGUAUACCAUGACCUAAUCCACUCUCCGGCCUCUGAAACUCUCCUAAAUUUGGAACAUAAUUACUUUGUUAGUAUCUCAGAACUGAUUGGUGAAAGAGAUGUGGAGCUGAAAAAAUUACGAGAGAGACAAGGCAUCGAAAUGGAAAAAGUGAUGCAGGAAUUGGGAAAAUCACUGACCGAUCAAGAUGUAAACUCACUGGCUGCUCAGCAUUUUGAAUCCCAGCAAGACUUAGAAAAUAAAUGGUCCAAUGAAUUAAAACAAUCAACUGCCAUCCAAAAGCAAGAGUAUCAGGAAUGGGUGAUAAAACUUCAUCAAGACCUAAAAAACCCCAACAACAGCUCCCUCAGUGAGGAAAUUAAAGUUCAACCGAGUCAGUUUAGAGAAUCUGUAGAAGCAAAUGGAAGGAUUUAUGAGGAGCAGAGAAAGUUGGAAGAAAGUUUUACCAUUCACUUAGGAGCCCAGUUGAAGACCAUGCAUAAUUUGAGAUUGCUGAGAGCAGAUAUGCUGGACUUUUGUAAGCACAAAAGAAAUCAUCGAAGUGGCGUGAAACUCCAUCGACUCCAGACUGCACUAUCGCUUUAUUCUACGUCUCUCUGUGGCCUCGUUUUGCUAGUAGAUAAUCGAAUCAAUUCCUAUAGUGGUAUUAAAAGAGAUUUUGCCACAGUUUGCCAAGAAUGUACUGACUUCCAUUUUCCCCGAAUUGAGGAGCAACUGGAAGUUGUCCAGCAGGUGGUACUUUAUGCUAGAACCCAGCGAAGGAGUAAGUUGAAAGAAUCGCAUGAUUCUGGAAACCGAAAUGGAGGAAUUGAUGAUAAGGCUAAAAAUGCUGACAGAAACUACUUAAAUAUUCUACCUGGAGAAUUUUACAUUACACGGCAUUCUAAUCUCUCAGAAAUACAUGUUGCUUUCCACCUUUGUGUGGAUGACAACGUGAAAUCAGGAAACAUCACUGCUCGAGAUCCUGCCAUUAUGGGACUCCGAAAUAUACUCAAGGUUUGCUGUACCCAUGACAUCACAACAAUAAGCAUACCUCUCUUGCUGGUGCAUGAUAUGUCAGAGGAAAUGACUAUACCAUGGUGCUUAAGGAGAGCAGAACUUGUGUUUAAGUGUGUCAAAGGUUUCAUGAUGGAAAUGGCUUCAUGGGAUGGAGGCAUAUCCAGGACAGUACAGUUUCUGGUACCACAGAGUAUUUCUGAAGAAAUGUUUUAUCAACUUAGUAACAUGCUCCCCCAGAUCUUCCGAGUAUCAUCAACACUUACUCUGACGUCUAAGCACUAAAUCCUUAGAGACUGACACACUGGCAGAAGAAGACUGUCAAACUUUCCAGGAACUUGAGCUGUGCUUGGAUUCUGUCAAGCAAAAGAAGCCCAGAAAGAGAACUUGUAAUUCAGGCCACAAAUUGAGUCAUGAUGUAUGUCUGUAAAACCUUCCAAAAAUUCAUAUACUAUAUAGUCUAGUGAUCAGCCUUUUACUCGUACAUUUAUUCUUAAAUUUUCUUUUUGAAAAAAAUCUUUUUUUCUCCUGUUAUGCACUAUCUGUGAGUAUUAGUAAGUUAAAACGUCCUACACAUCAUAGCUGGACACUUGAUAUAGGAGACUGUUAAUUGCAUUUUCAUGGAGACAGUUGACUUUUCCAAAAGGUCUGAAUCAUAUCAAGUAUGAGACUUAAUUAACCAUAAAAAUAAAAUAUUUCUUUUACCUUAUUUGCCAAGCAAAAAUUAAAAGGCACUGAAGUAUACA